AUGGAAAAGAGCUUCGAUUUGGAGGUGAACAGCCCCCUUCAAUCUGAUAAAAGUCUUCCGGGAGGUUUCGCCCCCAGAAUCUCCGAAACCAUGGCUGAGCUGCUCAUCAACACCGUGGCUGGCACUGCCCAAAUGGUCCAGGUCUCUGUGGAAGCCCAGAAAUCUGCCCAGCUAGCUUGUUUCCAUGCAGAGCAUGCACUGACUCAAGCCCGUCUGAGCUACAUGGCAGCGAGGGGGCUGGCUGAGCCACUUUUGGGAUUCUUGAGCCCCCCUGACUUCCAGGGACUCUUCCAGAUACUCUCACAGCCCCCCAUGCCAUAUUCGGAAUUUUGCACGAUCAUCCGACGGACAGAAAAUGCCCUCCUACACCCUGUUCUCAAAUGCAAGCCGGGAUUCCAAGUGCGACGGGAACCUAGUCCUGGUCCUGAAGGCAGCUGCCUAGCUGACCUUGCAGAUGAUGGUCUUCAGAGAGGCUUUUCUGACCUCCAAUUCUUUAGACCCUGUUGGCAUUUAUUUAAUGACAAUGGGACAAAUGAAGAGGAGAAUCAACCAGAGGAGAUUCGAGAUGGAUAUCCCUCACACCACAAAAAAGUUGAAUGCAGCAAGUUUCUGAGCAAAGGGAUUCUUUGCAAUGCUGCCCUCCAGCAGGAGAAUUUGGACAGUGACAUCACCAACAACCAGCCAGAAACCACAGCUAAGGAUACUGGAUAA